AACAAAAUGUGCGAACAGACGAUACCAAAGAAGAAGAAGAAGAAGAAGAUGACGGCCUUGACAGACGUGAUCCGCUAGAACGUGCCUUCGUCGCGGUUAGGGAUUAUGCAUAUCACAGUGCGAAAAGCAGCAGAUCGCCGUUUGGUUUUAUCCCAGUGCCAGAAGGACCACUUGUAUCAUUGCCCCUUCUGCCAGCCCUCAAUUUUCAAGCCCCGAGACUAUGCCAGUGUGUUGACACACAUUGAGUCGCACAGAUUGAAGGCUGUGCUGCAUAGAGAGUUCACAAUAUUCAUAUGCCAUCUGAAGUGCAGAGAAGCAAAGCAUUUCCACUGCCCAUAUUGCCCCAAGACCUAUGUAAAUAGGAGUGAUUUUACCAAACACAUUCCACAAUGUGAGUCAGUAUGUUAUCGAGCCCCAGGUUCAACAGCGAGAGCCCCAGAUGUAACCAGUGCAUCGGCGAGAGCCCCAGAUGUAACCAGUGCAUCGGCGAGAGCCCCAGAUGUAACCAGUGCAUCGGCGAGAGCCCCAGAUGUAACCAGUGCAUCGGCGAGAGCCCCAGAUGUAACCAGUGCAUCGGCGAGAGCCCCAGAUGUAACCAGUGCAUCGGCGAGAGCCCCAGAUGUAACCAGUGCAUCGGCGAGAGCCCCAGAUGUAACCAGUGCAACGGCGAGAGAUCCAGGUUCAGCGUGUCCAGCUGUGAAACCUGCAGUCAAGCGGAAAAUCAAAUGUUGCAACUGCAGUUUGUGGCUUAACAAAAAAAACCUAGGGAAACAUCAACUUAGAAAGCAUACAUCUCCUGAGAAGGGUAUUACAGCUCACUCCAAUCUCAAGAGUCAGUGCCUUGACCAGGACAAUUGGGUGUUUGCAGAGGAUAAACACAUCCACCCUGUCUCUCCUCCUUCUGUGCUAAUUCGGGAAAUGCUUACCAAGCAAGAGAUGAUACUGGAACAACAGACACUCAUCCUACGACUCUUACAAACAGCACAGCAGAAUGGAGCCGAAUAUGCGAUCGAAGGAGGCCUUCUGCCAUUGAAGGAUCAACAAAGUCUCCAGAGGCUGGAAACCGAUCUUCAGGGGGCUUACUUCAAACUUAAACUGAUUAACCACUUGAGCCUCAUUGGGGGAUGCGAUGUGAAGGAUGUCGUGUGGCGUUUAAUGAGGCACACAAUUUCCAAUGCGCUGGCAAAGAACAUAAAUUGGAGAGGAGUGAAUAGGAAAAUCUCUCUUGGAUCUCUUCGACUGAGAGAGGUUUUGAUUGCUGUUGUCCGGAAGAAUCCGUUAACAUCUAAAGCAUCCGAGAGCGAUGUGGAGUCUGUCAUGAAAAAGUGGUUGCAGCUGGCAGCAUAUCGGGAAGGAGGGAGAAGGAGACGAGACAGGAGUGUGGUGGCACCUGUGCCAUGAUGGACUUGGGGAGAGGGGUUUAUUUAAGUGAUAAUGCCCAAAAAGCCGUGGUUUGGAGGACAUAUUGGCAUUCGUCUCGGGCCAGCAAACCGUGCCAAUAUGUCAUCCAAACUCUAGCUUUGAGGGCAUUAUCACUUUAAUACAAUGGUUACCAACCUAUGAAAAUAUGUAAAUUAUUAUUUUAAUUCAAUGUUAUUUUGAUGAAUUUAUUCAUAUCAUUUCCAUCCUUUCUCGAGAUAUAGUCCCAAACACAAAUCUAGGGUCGCUUGUUGUUCAUUCUAUUGGCAUCGUUGCCAGCCAAACCGGUCGUAAGUUCUAUACGUUCAAUGCCAAGCUAGCUUAGCUGUCUAAGCUAAAUAGCUAUACUAAACCAAAUUUGAUUUGAAUCAAUUUGUUAUCCUCGCACCUUAGUUAGCUACUAUGAAAACCAGACCUACUUGCUGUCUGUCUCGUUUGGACAGUUUCUAUGAUUUGGUGGAGAUCGCAAAUCAAAAUUGUAUUUGUCACAUGCGCAGGAAAUGUUUACUUACAAGCCUUAAACCAACAAUGCCGUUUUAAGAAAAAUAAAUGUAAAAAGUAACAAGUAAUUAAGAGAAGCAGUAAAAUAACAAUAGCGAAGCUAUAUACACAGGGGGUACUGGUACAGAGACAAUGUGCGCGGGCACCGGUUAGUCAAGGUAAGAGGUAAUAUGUACAUGUAGGUAGAGUUAAAGUGAUUAUGCAUAGAUAAUGACACAGAGUAGCUGUAGUGUAAAAGGGGAGGGGGGCAGUGCAAAUAGUCUGGGUAGCCAUUUGAUUAGCAGUUCAGGAGUCUUAUGGCUUAAGGAUCGGCACCUUUUCCCCCCAUUUUUGCCUAAAAUGUCAUACUCAAAUCUAACUGCCUGUAGCUCAGGCCCUGAAGCAAGGAUAUGCAUUUUAUUGGUACUAUUUUGAAAGGAAACACUUUGACGUUUGUGGAAAUGUGAAAGGAAUGUAGGAGAAUGUAACACAUUAGAUCUGGUAAAAGACAAUACAAAGAAAAAACAACUUAUUUUUUUUGUACCAUCUUUGAAAUGCAAGAGAAAGGCCAUAAUGUAUUAUUCCAGCCCAGGCACAAUUUACAUUUUGGCCACUAGAUGGAAGCAGUGUAUGUGCACAGUUUUAGACUGAUCCAAUGAACCAUUUCAUUUAUGUGAAAAUGUUUGUAUCAGGACUGCCCAAAUGUGCCUAAUUUGGUAUAUUAAUAACUUCAUGUUCAAAACAAACUGUGUACUCUAAUCAAACAAUAGCAUGGUAUUCUUUCACUGUAAUAGCUACUGUAAAUUGAACAGUGCAGUUAGGUUAACAAGAAUUUAAGCCUUUUGCUUAUCAUAUGUCUAUGUCCUGGGAAAUUUUCCUGUUACUUACAACCUCAUGCUAAUCGCAUUAGGCUAUGUUAGCUCAACCGUCCCGCAGGGGACUCACCGAUCCUGAAGAAGUUGUUUAAGAAGCCUUUUGGAUACCUAGACUUGGUGCUCCGGUACCUCUUGCUUUGCGGGAGCAGAGAAAAGUCUAUGACUAGGGUGGCUGGAGUCUGACAAUUUUUAGGGCAUUUUGACACUGGCUUGUAUAGAGGUCGUGGAUGGCAGGAAGCUCAGGGAGUACAGUAGGGGACUGAGCAAGCACCCCUAUGUGUCCCCCGUGUUGAGGAUCAGCAUGGCGGAUGUUGUUACCCACCCUUAACACCUGGGGGCGGCCCAUCAGGAAGUCCAGGAUCCAGUUGCAGAGGGAGGUGUUAAGUCGCAGGGUCCUUAGCUUAGUGAUGAGCUUUGAGUGCACUAUGGUGUUGAACGCUGAGCUAUAGUCAAUGAAUAGCAUUCUCACAUAGGUGUUCCUUUUGCCCAGGUGGGAAAGGGCAGCGUGGAGUGCAAUAGAGAUUGCAUCAUCUGUGGAUCUGUUUGUGCGGUAUGCAAAUUCGAGUGGGUCUAGGGUUUCUGGGAUAAUGUUAUUGAGGUGAGCCAUGACCAGCCUUUCAAAGCACUUCAUGGCGACAGAAGUGAGUGCUACGGGUCGGAAGUCAUUUAGGCAGGUUACCUUAGUGUUCUUGGGCACAGGGACUAUGGUGGUCUGCUUGAAACAUGUUGGUAUUAGACUUAGUCAGGGACAGGUUGAAAAUGUCAGUGAAGACACUUGCCAGGUAGUCAACGCAUGCUCGCAGUGCACGUCCUGUAAAUCCGUCUGGCCCAGCGGCCUUGUGAAUGUUGUCCUGUUUAUAGGUUUUACUCACAUCUGCUACGGAGAGUGUGAUCGCACAAUUGUCCGGAAUAGCUGAUGCUCUCAUGCAUGUCUCAGUGUUACUUGCCUCGAAGCAAGCAUAGAAGUAAUUUAACUUGUCUGGUAGGCUCGUGUCACUUGGCAGCUCGCGGCUGUGCUUCCCUUUGUAGUCUGUAAUAGUUUGCAAGCCCUUCGAUGAGCGUCGGAGCCGGUGUAGUAGGAUUCAAUCUUAGUCCUGUAUUGACGCUUGGCCUGUUUGAUGGUUUGUCGGAGGGCAUAGCGGGAUUUCUUAUAAGCUUCCGGGUUAGAGUCCCGCUCUUUGAAAGCGGCAACUCUACCCGAUAGCUCAGUGAGGAUGUUGCCUGUAAUCCAUGGCUUCUGGUUGGGGUAUGUAUGUACAGUCACUGUGGGGACGACAUCAUCGAUGCACUUAUUGAUGAAGCCACUGACUGAUGUUGUGUACUCCUCAAUGCCAUUGGAAGAAUACCGAACAUAUUCCAGUCUGCUAGCAAAACAGUCCUGUAGCUUAGCAUCUGCAUCGUCUGACCACUUAUUUAUUGACCGAGUCACUGGUGCUUCCUGCUUUAGUUUUUGCUUGUAAGCAGGAAUCAGGAGGAUAGAAUUAUGGUCAGAUUUGUCAAAUGGAGGGCGAGGGAGAGCUUUGUACGCAUCUCUGUGUGUGAAGUAUAGGUGGGCUAGAGUUUCUUUCCCCCCCUCUCCCCUCUGGUUGCACGUUUAACAUGCUGGUAGAAAUUGGGUAAAAUGGAUUUGUUUCCCUGCAUUAAAGUCCCCGGCUACUAGGAGCGCCACCUCCUGGAUGAGUUUUUUCUGUUUUCUUAUGACCGUAUACAGCUCAUUGAGUGCAGUCUUAGUGCCAGCAUCGGUUUGUGGUGGUAAAUAGACAGCAAUCUAAUAUUAGAUUUUAAUGCACCAACUGUUUACAAAUAUACAUAGAGCGCCACCCCUUGUCUUACUUGAUGCGCCUGUUCAAUCCUGCCGAAAAUGCGUAAAACCUGCCAGCUACAGGUUGUUCAUGUCGCUGUUCAGCCAUGACUGGGUGAAACAUGAGAUAUUACAGUUUAUAAUGGCACGUUGGGUAGGAUAUACAGUUGAAGUCGGAAGUUUACAUACACUUAUGUUGGAGUCAUUAAAACUCCUUUUUAAACCACUGCACAAAUUUCAUGUUAAUAAACUACAGUUUUGUCAA